AUGACAGCCAGUCGGAACGGGACCCUGGAAGGAAAGGACGGGGAAUUGAUCCCGCUUCGUCGUAGGGCCACAACUCGUGGUCCUCCGGAUGUCGGUGGCUUCAUUACCUUCCUCUACAACAAAGAGAAAGGAGAAUUCUGCUCGCGGACACCGACGAGCUGGGUGAAAAUUGUUGUCUUCUAUAUCAUUUUCUACAUUUUCUUGGCUGCAUUUUGGCUCGCUUGCCUAGCGGCAUUCCUUGGUUCACUCAACGACAAACACCCGUCGUUUUACGGCAAAGGAUCGAUCAUCGGUGUUCAUCCGGGUGUCGGCUAUCAACCGUGGCUAAAGGAGAACCCGGACUCAACCCUCAUCAAGUAUAAUGUUCGCGAUGCUCGCACCAGCAAGCUCUACAUCGAUCAGAUGACUACUUAUUUGGCCCGAUACAAGGACUUAAAUGAAACACGUGAAUGUGGUCCCGACGAGAGCAAUUGGCAUGCCAGUGGGGAUGAAUAUGUUCCGGCUUGCCGAUUUGAUUUGAAGCCUUUCGAGGAUGCCGGAUGCUCCGCCGAAAAUGACUAUGGCUACAAAACCGGUACUCCAUGCGUCAUUAUUACGCUCAACAGGCUGAUCGGAUGGGAACCGUUUGCGUACAGUCUGGAGAGCGUUCCGGAGGCAAUCCGAGGACGUUACCGUAACGACUCUAUCGCGAUUAACUGUGAAGGAACGAACUUGGUAGAUAAGGAACAUCUCGGUGAAGUGAAAUACAUCCCGAGUUACGGUAUCGAUGGCAAAUUUUUCCCCUACUCGGUGCUGCCCAACUACCAUCAGCCAAUCGCUAUGGUCAAGUUCGAUCAUUUGCCAAGGAAUAAGCUUGUCUUCGUCGAAUGCCGUGCCUAUGCCGCUAACAUCAAGCACGACAUCACCCAAAAACUUGGACUCAUCCAUUUCGAACUUUUCAUCCAAGAUAAGGCCGUCAAGGGACUCAAGGCCAACCAACAAUCUGGA